AUGAGCAGUCAAAACAUGAACAAGAAGUCAUGGGAGUCUCUUUCAUCGACAUUUUCCCAGUUGGAGAUAUCAAUCUCCCAUGACAGUUGCUAUGCAUCUGAUGAAUACUCUGCCCCUAUAACUACUACAACUGCUCCCAAUCCUUUUGGUGCUCCAGCUCUUGUGCCCGCGAUAACGGCGCCUCUUCAGUCGAUCUUGAAACCCAUUCUGAAAAGGCCAUAUUCAGAAAUCGAGGAAGCCGAAGAGUCUGAGUCUGGCUAUGCAUCUGAAGAAUCUGAUUACGACUAUGACGAUAAUUUUGAUGAGUCGGAUGAUGAUAUGUCUGAAGUUUCAGAGUGGGAUGAAAUUUCUGACACAAUGUCCCAAUCAGAUGUAGAAGAUGACGACGCCGCGUCUUUGGACGGCUCGCUCAUCAUUGAGUUCGGAGCUCAUGUACAGUUCGAUGCGAACAUCCGCUAUAUCGAAGCGCCAGAGCUUGAAGAAGAUGAAAGUCCCGAGGCCGGGCUAACCUGCCAUGAAUUGAUGGAGUUGGCACGAGCAUCAGGUACCCUACGACUGCAAGAGGGCACAGGUCCUGGAGACCACCCUGAUGACUACGAGGGGGACGAUAGCCUCAUCCUGGAAACCUUGAAGCAGCUCCCGGAAGAGCACCCUGAUGAUGCUGUUGACCUGGACAAGAGCCUCUUCGUUGCUUACAUGAACGGCAUUAAUGGGCUAAAUGAUCCUGGGUACAGAUCCCGCCUUCGCUGUCGGGCUGACGACAUUAAGUCGGGUCGUGCGCAAACACCCUACUUGGAUGAAGACGGCACCACUGGUGCAUAUAUCGAUAACGCGCUCAACCACGUUAUCGGGCUCUUCCGCAAUAUCGUCGCCCAAGAGGAAUUCAACGAGCUUGUUGAUCUCAGCCACGUCAAGGGCACUUCAACAGGGCCCGGUGAAAGCGUCAUCAACCAGAAGCUCCUUACCAAGCUUGAGAAUAUCCUCUCAGAGAGACUGGCCUCUGAUGCCGUCAACAUUGGUCCUGACGAGUUGAGUUUCUUCGCCAGUGGUGUUGCCUACGCUCUUGACCACUGGAAUUGCUACAUGACGGGAUGA